GUUUAGCCACGCAAAGUAAAUUAUUGAAGUAAAAAUUUAUAAUAUUUCGAACUCGUUCUUCAUGGCACGCUUGUUUCAAAUUUUUAACAGGGUCCGGAAUGGUCAUGGAAGUGUCCAGGAGAUCACAGAUGAGCGCGAAUUUUUCGAGGCUGCUAAAUCAAGCCGCCGACUGGUCGCUUUGUUUUAUCGUACUGGUUCCGCCGUUUGCGAUUCAAUGGUACAGCACACGAGGCGCUUAGCGGAGAGUCACAUGGAGACCAAAUUUUUAACAAUCGAUGUAGCCAAAACUCCAUUCUUGGUGGAUAGGUUAGACAUAUUCGUUUUGCCCACCAUGGUUACUAUUGAGGAGGGAUCAACCAAAAACAAGUUCAAAGGUUAUGAUGCAUUUGGCGGGACUGCCAAUAUACACACAGGCGUGAUUGAACGGGUCUUGAAAAGUGUGGGUGCACUAGACAAGACUCCAAUUGCUGAAGGCUCGGGCGCUCAGGAUGAGCAAAUGGAGGAGACAGGCAACGACAGCGAUUUGGAUUGGGAAUAAGUUAGCCGCUGGCUCCAAUAUUUACCUAAUGCUUUGCACCACGGUGUCCUCUUGCUUGUGUCGCGAAAGCAUUGACCGCAAGUCUGCUUACACUGCGCUAUAUGCAAACGGGCCGUCUACUUUUGAACUGCUCUCCUCAAGCUCAUUGAUAUACCAACAGCACACCUUGCUGUAAAUUUUCAAGGAGCAGUUCCCAUCGAGAAGUAAACCGAAUAGACACAAGCGAGAGCAGGUGACCUGCGUGGCACGGGAGCAUGCUUCGUAUGGAUCACCGACUCGCAACAUGCCAUUAGUACUGCUAUAGCACAUCUGCGGCGCAGUUCAAAUGAAGUGAUGGACAUCACUACACUGUACGACCCCACGGACGAGGCAUCAUCGUGUUGGAUAGAAAACCACCUUCAAACCUCGGAAACCCCGCAAUAUCUCGAAAAAUAAACAUACUGAUUCAAAG